CCGCUUUAAUUGCUGCUACGUAACCUCCAGGUCCAGAUCCAAUAACAACAAUAUCUGCAUCUUCAGAGCUUGAGUAAUAACGAUUUUGUAAUAAGUUUCCUAGUAUUCUUUGGUUAUGUCUUAAAGUGGGCUGAAAAAUGUAGAAAAUACUUUAUAAACUGAACACUGCAUUUUUGUAAAUUUUUGGUAUUUAAUUAGGAAAGAAAAAAGAAUAUGUAAUUGAAUACUGAUUUCAAAUUUUGGUAUUUUUUAAUUUAUUAAAUCUUUACUUCGACCUGUAAAGGUGACAUCCACAAAAACUUGGGAUUUGCGAUGUGACAUGUGACACUGACAUGACAUUUAAUUUCACCCUGUUGCCAAAGCGAUUUCACGAGAAUCACAUUUCCAUUUUUUUCUCCCUUUUUUUAAAACGUUUAAGAGAAAAUGAUAGCACUAAAAUAUGUUUAUUUUAUUUUUAAUUUGAUAUUGAUAUUAAUGAUAAAGGAAACGUAAAUUCUAGAAAAUUUAUAAGAAUUAGUUUUUUUUUUGUUAUAAUUUUAUUCGGUAGGCGAGUUCGGAUAACACCAAUUUUGACUUUGACAUUUCGUUUAACUGACUUUUAUCGGCGUGUUUUUUUCCCUUUCUGCCGAUAAGAAAAAUGGCUGCGUUAAAAACCGAAAUUAAGGAAGAUAAGGAAAAUGAUGAAGAUCAAGAACACGCCGCAGAAGAUGAUGUAGACGGGGCAAAUCCUGAGGCUUCUAAAAAAAAGAAAAAGAAAAAGAAGAAAAAAAAUAAUGUUAUACAAGAUGAAGAUGUUAAUAGUGGCGAUACCAACAAACCAGCAAACGUUGGAGUCACAGAAGAAGCUCCAGCCGAGAAUGGAGAUGUAGACAAUGAUGGAGACGCGGAGAAGAAGAAAAAGAAACGAAACCGGAAGAAAGCAGGGGGCAAACCAAAACAAACUGAUCCCCCUACAGUUUCAAUUGCGGAAUUGUUUCCAGAUGGUGUAUUUCCUAUAGGAGAAAUACAAGACUAUCCUCUUGUUAAAGACGACAGAUCUGCCAGAGAUAGAGUUACAUCUGAAGAAAAACGUGCUUUGGAUAGAAUGCAUAAUGAUAUUUACAAUGAAGUGAGGUUGGCUGCAGAAGCUCACAGACAGACAAGACAACACAUUCAAAGAUGGAUUAAACCUGGCAUGACAAUGAUACAAAUUUGCGAAGAAUUGGAGAACACUGCAAGAAAACUUAUAGCCGAAAAUGGUUUGAAAGCAGGACUGGCUUUCCCAACUGGAUGUUCAAAAAAUCACUGCGCCGCUCAUUAUACUCCUAAUGCCGGCGAUAAGACGGUUUUCGAAUAUGAUGAUGUGGUAAAGAUUGAUUUUGGAACGCAUAUUAAUGGAAGGAUCAUUGAUUGUGCUUUUACUCACACCUUUAAUCCCAAGUACAACAAGUUGGUUGAAGCUGUAAGAGAUGCCACAAAUACUGGGAUUAAAGCAGCAGGAAUUGAUGUUCAACUCUGUGAUAUUGGAGCGCAGAUUCAAGAAGUCAUGGAAUCGUACGAAGUAGAAUUGGAUGGAAAAACGUACCAAGUUAAAUCCAUUCGUAACUUGAAUGGCCAUUCAAUCUCACCCUAUAGGAUACAUGCUGGUAAAACGGUUCCCAUAGUAAAAGGAGGCGAAGCUACGGUGAUGGAAGAGAAUGAAUUUUAUGCCAUUGAAACGUUCGGAUCUACUGGUAGAGGAGUUGUACAUGACGAUAUGGAAUGUUCUCAUUAUAUGAAGAACUUUGAUGUACCAUAUGUGCCAUUGCGUUUGCAGUCAUCAAAAUCCCUUCUAAACGUCAUAAACAAGAACUUCGGAACGCUGGCGUUCUGCAAAAGAUGGUUGGAUAGAGCCGGCGCAACCAAAUACCAAAUGGCCUUAAAGGAUUUGUGCGACAAAGGUAUAGUAGACGAUUACCCACCGCUUUGUGAUAUCAAAGGGUGCUACACUGCCCAGUUCGAACACACAAUAAUGCUGAGACCGACGUGCAAGGAAGUGGUGUCCAGAGGUGAUGACUAUUAGGUUAUAUUUUUUUUUUCAAUUUUGUUGCCAAUGUUUUUUAUUCAUCAAUUGAUUAAUUUGUUAUGAGUUGACAUGAUUAAAAUAAAAAAAAAAUUAUAAGUCGAUGUACAAAUCUAACCCUUGUCCGAUCCUUUUUUUGCUACUU